CCACGGAACAAUGGCUGGAGCUGGAGGAGACUAUGAUGACCAAACGCCAUUGUUGCCGAGCUCACCUCAUACCCUCACUGGAAACGUAUGGACAGCCAUAGCACAUAUUAUUACAGGAGUAAUAGGAUCAGGGGUUUUAUCACUAGCUUGGAGCAUGGCACAGCUGGGAUGGAUUGCUGGCCCCUUCACUCUUCUACUCUUUGCAUUCAUCACCCUUGUCUCUGCAUCCUUUAUCUCUGAUGUCCAUCUUUAUUCCAACCCUAACAAUGGCACUACCACCAUGAAUCGCUCCUACUUGCAGGCGGUUCGCACCAUCUUAGGAUAUAAGAAUGGCUUGUUAUGUGGUUGCUUGGUAUAUUUCAGUAUAUUCAAAACUGGAGUUGUCUAUACAAUCACAUCCGCAAUCAGCAUGAGAGCGAUUAGGCAAUCAAACUGUUAUCAUGAAGAAGGACAUGAUGCUGUGUGUGAAUACGAUGAUAAAUAUUAUAUGCUUCUGUUUGGAUUUGUUCAAAUACUAGCUUCUCAAAUACCCAACAUUUUUCAUACAAAAUGGCUCUCGGUUAUUGCUGCAACCAUGUCCUUCACCUAUUCUUUUAUUGGAAUGGCACUUGGAAUAGCUCAAGUAAUAGGACAAGGGAAGAUUGAAGGUAGCAUCAACGGAAUCUCAACUGUUAAUCACACUCAAAAAAUAUGGUUGGUUGCUCAAGCUCUUGGAGAUAUCGCAUUUUCAUUCACAUUUUCGUUAAUCCUUCUUGAAAUACAGAGCACUUUGAAGUCACCUCCAUCUCAAAAAGUGACAAUGAAGAAGGCUUCCUCAAUUGCAAUCUUUACAACUACUUUCUUCUACCUCUGCUGUGCUUCUUCUGGUUAUGCAGCCUUUGGAGAUUCGACUCCUGGGAAUCUCUUGACCGGGUUUGGAUUUUACGAACCGUAUUGGCUCAUUGACUUUUCUAACGCGUGCAUUGUUCUUCACUUAGUUGGAGGGUAUCAGAUAUAUAGUCAGACAUUGUUUGCAAUUGUGGAAAGAUGGUAUGCCGAAAAGUUUCCAGAAAGUGUAUUGACAAGGGAUGUUGGGAGUUUGAAGGUCUUGUUAUUGCCAGAGUUUAGAGUGAAUCCUCUUAGGUUAUGUUUUCGAACUACAUAUGUGGUUUUGACCAUGGCCGUAGGGAUGUUAUUUCCGUACUUCAAUGAGGUGGUGGCAUUUGCAGGAUCAAUCAUCUUCUGGCCCUUGACCAUAUAUUUCCCAGUUGAGAUGUACUUUGUACAGAAGAAGAUUGUACCUUGGACCGGCAAGUGGAUUGUUCUUCGUGUUUAUAGCACUUUUUGCCUACUUGUAACCAUUUAUGUUUUGUCUGGUUCCAUUGAAGGGCUGAUUGCCAAAAGAUUUGGCUAGUAGUUUCAUGCCCAGAAUUUGUAUACUAAAUCCCUUGUAUGAUGCAGUUGCUACUUUCUUAUAGCUGAAAAUAAACGUACAAUUAGUCAUUUA